UUGAUUCAAGAUUUGUACAAAUGUCUUAUCCACACGUUUGUUAGUUUUAUAAAGAAAAUAAUCAGCCUUAUUGUAAACUUCAUGCGAAUGCCAUUCCCAAUGGAAAAGUUCCCUGAUUUGUGUUUUUCUUAUUGUGAACUUCACAUGGGAAAAGUCCCCCAUAUUCGAAAAAUUUUCCUAACCGUAAUUGUAAUUUUUUCGUGCGAAACCAUAAAAUUUGUUCACAAAAUUGUUAGCGGGGAACAACUAUCAAUAAAAUGUGAGCAUACUUUAUUAAUAAUUUUACUUAAUUUUAACAACUCUUUUAUAUCAACUAAGGUCUAUUAAUAAAACGCAGUUGACUCUUUUGGUCAACACUAUGGCGGAAAAUCCAGAUAUUGGGAAAGGCUUCCAAAAAGAAAACAAGGAGAAAGUGCUUGCGUUUUGGAAGAAGCUACAUGAUUCCCUCAAUAGCAUGGGGCCACCAUCAAAAUCGAUCUCCGAUUGGAAAAAGGUCUGGAUUGAUCAAAAAAGAUAUGUGCGGAAGAAAGCUGUCCAGAAUGCGCAAAACAGAAAAAAGACCGGUGGAGGACCGUGUAAAGAACACGUUUUUUCUGUAUUAGAACAGUCAAUUUUGGACUUAACCGCGACAAUUGAAAGUGAGGAAGGUGUCGAAGGUGGCAAAACUUUUGGUUUGCAACCAACUAAAUCAAUUGGUAACAAGCAAUCUGAAAGAGACAGGCAUGAUGAACAAGACGAUUUAAAUGAAGGCACAGAUGUAGAAGAGCUCAGUUUUUUGGACAAUAUCGAUUGCGAAAAUAUCGUGAAAUUGAAACGGAAAAUACCACGCCAGCGCUCAAGCCAAAACGAAAAAGUCAGGAUAAAGUUAACCCUUCCGAGCUAUUAAGCAUGGAGUUGAGUGUUC